AUGUCGCAACAAAACAUGUCCACCAAUAGGCGAGAAGAUACGCAUGCAGCAGAUGAAGGUGAACCGCCGCAUACGCAUACACAUACGAACACGAACACGAAUACCAACACCAAUAAGGAUACGCAUACGCAUUCCCAUUCCGAGAGUGGUGCCCACCAGAAGUCGUCUUCUCACGACCAUUCGCACUCUCAUGCAAAGGGAAGCAUAUUGGGCCACCACCAUUCGAUGCACGAGCCAAAUGAGUUCCUCGCGGCGGGCGCUUCUUCCAUCAAGUCCAACCCAGCAGUUAGAAUCACAUGGAUCGGGUUGUUGGUCAACAUCGCGCUAGCCAUCUCGAAAGGUAUCGGUGGCGUCUAUUUCCAUUCUCAAGCCUUGGUUGCCGAUGCCAUUCAUUCCGUCAGCGAUAUGCUUGCCGACUUUUUGACUUUGGCCACGGUGAAUGUUGCCGCCAAGGUCGGGACACCGACCAAGUUCCCGUUUGGCUACGGCAAAAUCGAAACGGUGGGGUCGUUCGCCGUCAGCGCGAUUCUCUUGUUUGCGGGGAUUUCCGUCGGAUGGUCCUCCAUGUUGCAAGUUUUUGAGUUUGUCUUACCUACGCAAUGGUAUGAAAUCGCAGCCAGCAUCCACAUUGGACAUGACCAUAACCACACAGACAUUGCUGGUGGUUCUUCGCAUACACAUGCUCACACACAUCAAACCGAAACAGGCACGGAAUUGGUGACACACCGCGAAGUCCCCAACAUAAACGCUGCGUGGUUGGCCGCGGGGUCCAUCUUGGCCAAGGAGCUCUUGUACCGGGAAACCAUGAAGAUUGCAGCCCAGACAAACUCAAAGGUGUUGGUGGCUAACGCAUGGCACCACAGAGUCGACUCCUUGACCGCAGUUGUGGCUCUUUUGACCGUAGCAGGCGGUGUCCUCUUCAAUGUCGCCUGGUUGGACUCGAUUGGCGGCAUUGGUGUCUCGAUACUCAUCAUCAAAGCCGGGUGGGACACGAUAAAAGAGGCGUGGUACGAAUUGAUAGACCGGGGAGAGCAGCCAGGUUCAGAGUUGUACAAUAAAGUGGAAGGCAUCAUUGGCUAUGAACUCAAGAAUAAUCACGAGUUGACGCAGUUCAAGUUGAAGCAGUUGUCUGUGUUGUCCUCGGGGGCAAAUACAAAUAUCAACUUUACCUUGAUCACCCAGAAUAAAUUCAUUGAGUUGUUGACCCUUAACAAGUACGAGCGCACUUUGGUGGAUUUGAUUAAAGAGGAUGAUAGAUUUGUGCGCAAUGUGUCUAUAAAGUUUGAAGUUGAACUGGCGGAUGAACAAGAUAAAAAAACGAAAGAAGAGGAAGAAGAAAUCAAAAAAGUCUGA